AUGGACUGUUAUGAGAAUAUCUGCAUUGUCCAUCCAAGGACAUACAAUGACCACGACAUCCUCGCCAUCCUCGAACUUUCUCUACCUACCUGCUGUAUCGUUGAUCUCUUUCUAGAGUUUAUUCUUAUCUCUUCUCUCCGACCAAAAGUUUGUGUUUCAACUCUCGAAAAUAAGACAUGGGACGCCGCCGCGACCGCGAGUUUGAUCCGAUCUUCCGUCUUACCGCGUAAAGCUUCCGACAACGGUGCUGGAUCUAUGUUCCUCACGGCCAGUGGCCCUGGGUUCACGCGUUCUGGUCCUGGACGUCAACUUCGUUUCAGGCAAAACGCGUUUGCUAGAUUCUCGAGACCGUUGCAAAGCUCAACAGCUCGGAGAAGCUUUGUGUUAAAGCUUCAGCAUCUAAUGAUGAUGCUUCCUCUCUGCUGCUAAACCAAUCGCGCCGCUUCAGCUGGAGUCUCCUGCUGGUCAGUUUCUUUCUCAGAUUCUGGUGACUCAUCCUCAUCUCGUCCCUGCCGCUGUUGAACAGCAGCUUGAGCAGCUCCAGACUGAUCGUGACUCCGAGGGACAGAACAAAGAUGCUUCGUCCGUACCUGGAACCGACAUCGUUCUCUACA